CUGCUCGGAACCUGAAUUACCUAUAUACACAACUUCAACUAGCUUCUACCUGACUCCAAAGCAAUUUCAUCAGGUAAUUUUCACCAUGCCAGCCAACGGAACACAACCCGGCGUCAUCGACGAUAACCAGGCCAAACAUGCUCUCGUCAGCUCGUGGUUUCUUGGCCCGCGGGCUGAGAAUCUGGAUGUCCUAGAGAGUCUCUUCCGUCAAGCUCUCAAGCGCCAGGAAGAGACUCGAAUCGAACUCGCAGACGACGAAAGUGACAAGUACUUCUUCAUUACCGAGGAGAUGAAGGAAUUAGACAUCUACAAGCAAAGCAUUCAUAAGCUUAACAAGAGCUCGACGGACCUUUCGGGCAAGCUGGCGAAGCAUUCUGUGCCGUUCUGGUCGCCACGGUACAAUGCGCAUAUGAACAUGGAUACCACGCUAGCGAGUAUCGUUGGCUACAUGUCGACCAUGAUCUACAACCCCAACAAUGUCGCAACUGAGGCAAGCCCAUUCACAACCGAAGUUGAGAGACAAGUCGGCCAGGAGCUUUCUGAAAUGCUGGGAUACAAUCGUCAGGACGAAGACCCCGCUCCCUGGGGGCAUAUUACCUGCGAUGGAUCUGUGGCGAAUCUUGAGGCCAUUUGGGCAACCCGAAACCUCAAGUUUUACCCAGUUUCCCUCAAGCUCGCCAUCGAGGAAGGGCCCCUCAAGUUCCUCAGCGCCGUCGAGCCACCCUUCAAGGUCGAGACGUGCAACUCAGGAUCGAAAGAGUUCAUGCAACUCACUAUCAAGGAGCUCUUGAACUUGACGCCCUCUACCGUCCUAUCCAUCCCCACCCUAUUGGGUGAGAAGUACUCCAUCAGCCCAGGCUUUCUUCAGGACGCGCUCAGGCCGUUCCUGGUCCAGACAACAGGCAAAGAUGACUUGGAGCGCAAGUUGAAAAUCAACCCCGGAAAGUACAUGAUUUGUGCGACAAAGCAUUACUCCUGGCCCAAGGGCGGAGCCAUCUCGGGCAUUGGAUCAGAGAACUUCGUCGAUGUCAACGUGGACAACGAGGCUCGAAUGGACGCCGACGACCUCAGGACAAAGCUCAACGAAUGCAUCAAAAACAACACUCCCAUCUUCGGCGUCGUCGCCAUUAUGGGCUCAACAGAGCAUGGCGCGUGCGAUCCACUCGCCGAGAUCAUCAAGAUUCGUGAUGAGUACCAAAAGAAAGAAGGAGUGUCGUUUGCAGUUCACUGUGAUGCCGCUUGGGGUGGCUACUUUGCCUCGCUGCUAUGGGGACGUGACAGCCGCGGCCCAGGCGACAUCCCGUACGUGCCGGCGAUGCCACUGAAUCCAUAUACCAAGACGCAGCUGCAAGCCCUGAAGCACGCGGAUAGCAUUACGAUCGAUCCGCACAAAUCUGGAUACAUCAACUAUCCUGCUGGCGGGCUGUGCUACCGAGACGGACGGAUGCGGUAUCUUCUUACUUGGACGAGUCCCAUCGUGUUCCACCCCGGCGACGACAAGGGAAGUAUGGGCGUCUAUGGCGUUGAGGGAAGCAAGCCUGGCGCAUCAGCUGUCGCUACCUGGCUUACCCACAAGUCUUUGGGCCUUGACCAGGAAGGAUAUGGCAGACUGCUCGGUGAGGCCAUUUUCUCGUGCACAAAGCUAUACUGCCACUGGGUCACAAUGACGCCGAAGCCCCAGGAUCAGCCCGCUGACUCACUCAUUGUUAUGCCUCUCAUCCGUCUCCCUUCGGAGAGAACGCCAGGCAUCGGUGUCGAGGUCCAGAAAGACUACAUCCGAAAGAAUAUCCUCGGCCGUGAUAACAAGACACUGUUUGAGGACAAAAAGGCCUGGGAUCUGCUGUGUGAGCUGGGAGGCGAUCUCAUGAUCAAUGCCUUUGCGACCAACUUCACGCUUGACAAUGAGGUGAAUCAGGAUGUGGGCGAAGCCAACUACCUCAACCAAUGGAUCUUCUCUAAGCUCUCCGUGUCAUCCGAGAAGGACGUGGUCAAAGAACGACCGCUCUUCCUCACAUCCUCCGAGUUCGGGGAGAAGGCCUACGGCAAGUGCCUCGAGACCUUCAAAAUUCGCCUGGGUCUCAAAACAACCGACAAGGAAGGGAACGUCAAACCCUCUCGAGGCAGCCUACGCUUCCUGGUCAACGUGACCAUGAGCCCAUGGCCCACAAGCCCCGAUUUCAUGAGUCGCAUGGUCGAGGAGUUCCGCAAGAUUGCUGAGCGCGGUGUGAAGCGCGUCAUCAUCCGCAAUAAGCGGACUCCCGACUUCCACGGUUUCGUCGUGCAGGGAUUAGAGAAGCUCUACUUCACCCACAUCGCCAUGUUUAAUAUGGCCAACCAUCGCAAGCAGCUCAUUAUCACGGCUAAUCUCCCCGCGAACGUGCAGGCGCGGUACAAGGAGGAGCGCGGCAAAAACCCCGGCCAGUUUUACACCAUUGCCAACGUGGAGAAAGAGAUGCUUGAGAACCUACUCGAUGGUCUGCUCAAUCCUGAUACCGCAUCCAAGCUCAAGUUCAGACUGGACAAGGGAAUCCCCGUGGGUGAUACGCCGCCGUUGGAGGAGGGCUUCGCGCUGAGCAAUGUGCGGGUGGUGGUUGAUGAGUCAAUGGCGCUCGCUGCGCUAGAUGACGAGUACCCGGCCAAGAUGCCCUUCUACCUCUACGGCAGCAAGAGUGAGGUUCACUUGGACCAUGUUCUUAGGACGGCACCGAACGCGCAAAUUAGCACUGACCUGGUCAAGACGAAUCUGACUGAGCAUCUCACUGACGAGCAGCUCAAGGAGGGUGUGGUUGUCGUGCUGGAUGAUGUGUUUGAAGCCAGCUUGCAGCCUUUGCCGACAACAGUACAGGAGUCAGACAAACAGAAGCAUGUCCUGAAUCUUGAAGCUCCAGGCUUCUCCCUGAAGAAGGGGUUCGACCACAAGGCGUCUGCGUACAAGACGUACGAGGAGGCCAAGAGUGGGAAGGGUCAAUCCAUUGCUACGGGAACUAUUAGCAUUGGCGACGCCGUCUUCGCCGACUGGGAUGAUGUCAACAUGGACCCUGCUGCUGAGAAUGACCAUCAACACUAA